CCCCUCACACCCCGAGGCAUUUCGGAGGAUGUAAAUCAGGCACUCAGCGGCCCGCUAAGGAGGUAGACUGCGAGACCCAAACAUUACUCAUUGGUGCAAAUCUACCCCUCCGGAACCAAUUGGGCUGAAGAACCGGCAUGUUCAUCUUGUUAGACUAGGACAAAAAAAUGAGAGCAGGUAAACAAGAUCUAUCAUGAAGAACCAUUCAUACCAUACCACUUGCAUGCUCAUCUUACCAAUUUAAUGCACUCCAUUGUUAUAGAGGUCCACUUCCAGACUGUUUCAAUGUGUGAUCUCAACCACACAGAUAAAAAAAAAGAUUUAAAAAACAAAAAAUCCACAAUUGUGAACCCCAGUCAACCUCAUGUCAACGUAAUCGACUCUUACUCGUUCCCUCCCCCAAACAACUUUCCUGUUUCUAAAUCCCCUUUUCUCCACUGCAAUAAUUGCAAUCAUCCAUGGAAUCCAACUAUUACAUGCUACUCUCUAUCACUUUACUCGUUACCAUCUCCCCCGCAGCCUCUUACACUCUCCCCGACAACUACUUCAUCAACUGCGGCUCCGCUUCCAGCCUCCUCACCUACCAACGCAACUUCACCGGCGACGAUAAUUCCGGCAACUUCUCCCUCUCCCCGAGAGACAGCGACACCACCUCCGCCGCCGCAGACAAUACUCUCCCCGCCCCCUCGCUCUACCAAACCGCCAGAAUCUUCCGAAAAUCAUCCUUCUACGAGCUCGCCCUCGACCAAGCCGGCACCUACGUCGUCCGCCUCCAUUUCUUCCCCUUCCCCUCCCUCGGAAGCCCCCGCUUCCACGUCUCCGCUUCUAAAUCCACGCUUCUGUCGAAUUUCACCGCGGAGAGCGACGCUUUCCCGCUAGUGGAAGAGUUUUUGAUCAAGCUGGCUGCGGGUAAGCUGAGGAUCGAAUUCAAUCCUGAUGAAAAAGAGCGAUCGGUCGCCUUCGUCAACGCAAUUGAGGUCUUCCUCGCACCGGAUGAACUAGUCCAAGGAUAUGCUCUUCCUCGUGUGACUUCCCUAGGGAGUGAGGGAAACUUUAGCGGCGUGAUGGACUUCCCGUUAAGGGUUGUUCAUAGGAUUAACGUCGGAGGGGGGAACGUUACGCGAGAGAGGGAUACGCUGAUGAGGUAUUGGAUCCCCGACGAUGCGUAUAUGCUGAUUAAAGAUACAGCUAGGAACGGUAAUUAUAGUUUUGAUAUUAAGUAUGGAGAUGGAGCUACGGCGUUUAUUGCUCCUGAUUCGGUGUACAGAACUGCUAAAGAGAUGAACAUUCUUGGUGGAGGCGCUCUGAGUAAGUUCAACAUGUCGUGGCAGUUUCCAGUUGGGAAGGGCGUUCUGCAUCUCGUUCGGUUUCAUUUUUGUGACAUUGUGAGUAAUGUCACGAGUGAGUUGUUUAGAUUCAACCUGUAUGUGUACGGGGCUUAUGUUGUUGAGGUGUAUCCGUGGAGUUCUGUUCCUCGCUUGGCUGCUCCGUUUUUCAAAGAUUACGUGGUGGAAUCGGAUGAUUCCGGUUUUAUGAAUGUAAGCGUUGGCGCGAACUCACAAUCGUCUACUGAAACUGCGUUUCUGAACGGUGUGGAGAUACUGGAGAUGAUUGGGGGGAAAAAGGCCGAUAAAUCGAGGAAACGCUUGCUCAUCGUUGUUGGUUCGUCUCUUGGCGGAAUGGUGUUGGUUGUGGUAGUGUUUGCAUUAGUAUGUUUUGGAUUGAGAAAACGGAAGCUGAAGAUGAAGGCGGAGGAGGCUUUUGAUUGGCCGUUAGGGCGAUUGUACGGGGGGAGUUCGUAUAGUAGGACUACGGUCAGGACAUCCGUGACAGGAUCCCCCUUCGCUGACCUAAACCUAGGGCUGAAGAUCCCGCUGUCCGGGAUCCUCUUUGCCACGAAGCAUUUCGACCCAAAGCUGAUGAUCGGGGAAGGAGGGUUCGGGAAAGUGUACAAGGGGACGCUGAGGAACGGCGCAAAAGUUGCUAUAAAGAGAAGUGAGGCAGGGCACGGGCAGGGGCUCGAGGAGUUUCACACAGAGAUAAGGCUUCUGGCCACGAUUCGACACCAGCAUCUCGUUUCUCUGAUCGGAUACUGCGAUGAGAGAAACGAGAUGAUACUUGUGUACGAGUUCAUGGAGAAGGGAACUUUGAGGGAGCAUUUGUAUAAUGGGGAGGGAGUUGAUAUUACUUCAACAGACCGAUUAUCAUGGGAUGAGAGGUUGCGUAUCUGCAGCGAUGCGGCCAAGGGGCUUCACUACCUUCAUACGGGAUCCUCGGGGACGAUCAUCCAUAGAGACAUCAAGUCAACAAAUAUCUUGCUGGACGAGAACUACGUGGCGAAGGUGGCUGAUUUCGGGCUGUCUCGGUCCGGGCAGCUGGAUCAGACGCAUGUUAGUACGGAGGUGAAGGGGAGCUUCGGGUACUUGGAUCCGGAGUACUUUAGGUGCCUUCAGCUGACGCAGAAAUCAGACGUGUACUCGUUCGGGGUGGUGCUCCUGGAGGUGCUGUGCGCGAGGCCGGCUGUGGACAGGGAGCUGCCGAGGGAGGAGGUGAACUUGGCGGAUUGGGGGAUGGUGUGGCAGAGGAGGGGGGAGCUGGAGAGGGUUGUGGAUGCGAGUCUUGUGGGGAAGAUUAAUCCGAAUUCGCUGAGGAAGUUCGGGGAGACGGUGGAGAAGUGCUUGCAGGAAUGCGGGGCGGAUAGGCCUAAUAUGGUGGAUGUGUUGUGGGAUUUGGAGUACUGCAGGCGGCUGCAGGAGUUGGGUGUGGCGAGGCAGCCGUAUGAGGACAGCACGACGGAGGUGUCGUGGGUGUUGCCGAUGGGCAUGCUGCAGCGGCUGCCAACGCAGAGCUUCACCGGGGAUGGAGACGAGUCGAUUUGUGGCUCGUUUAGUGGUGCGGUUUCGAGUCAGUUUAAUGCGAAUGAGGUGUUUUCGCAGCUGAAUAUGAAUGGAGCGAGGUGAUACUGAUGCAGUGUGGCCUCUUGUUUAUGUUUGAUUGAUUAUUCGGAACCCUAUACUCGUUUGUUCCCAGAAACACAGACUUCGCAUAUUGUAAUUUGCUCUAUAUCAAAACAAAUGACGUCGUUGAUUGACCAAAUAAAAA